GGCCAGUUCGUCAUUCAGCCUCGAGUUACCAAGUCCCUUGCGCAUCGUCUUCACGUCUCUCCGUCCCAUCUCCUAAUCCAGGUCUACUCUACGGGCUUUUACGCAACGCAUAGCUCCCCUUGCCGUCGUCUUCGCCAUGGCGCCGGCAGCUCCGCGCACGUCAAGUCCGAGCAUGGACCAUGCCGACCCCGUCCUUGCCAAGCUCGCCGAGUCCGCAACAUUUGACUGCGACUGGCCCACUCUUCGCCACCACCUGUAUCUCGCGCUGCUGGCCGCGCACCCCAUUUUCCUUGAGAAAGGCAAGCCGCCCACCUACUCUGGGGCUGUGCCCGUAUCAGUGUCGCCAACGAACACGGACGGGCGCGUGCCCAUUACAAUGGAGGACGAUGAGCUGCGGCCUUCUACACCCGGAGGUCUUGUAAUCCCCCCGUUUGCGCCGCUGGACCCAAAUCGCCGCCGCCCGCACGUGCUGGUCAUCAACGCCGGCGAAGGGCGGCUGAACGGCACCACUGGGCGCGGGAACCCGUUCGAGGACGAAUGGGAUGAGGAGGUCAUCAUCGGCGGGCGCAAACUACCUAGUUGGUACGACGAUGAAGAAGGCAAGCGAGAGGUGGAGAAGGUGGCGCAGCGCAUCGAGGACCUUCCCUACGCGCCUUUCACGGUUCAACGCCUUGCAGAGCUGCUGCUCGCACCCACACGGCUGCACUCCACUCUUGGCAAGUUCCUCCGCGCCGUGGAGAAGACAAUCAACGUCACCACCGCGUACGCGCCUCCCUCGUACACCUACGUGCCCCCACCAUCGGUCUUAUCAAUGGACAAUAUCGGCACGCCGUCGGCCUCGCCUUCACCUGCGACAAUGGACGUUGACAGCACAGUGCCACCCGGCUCGAUGACGCCCAUGUUCUCUCCGAUCCCGUGGGCGACAGGAGAGAACGAUGCGCUCGGCGAGCCUAUGAUGGACGUGGACGACGGGCCAGGCGACGACGGCCUCAUGUCCCCGCUCAUGUUAAAUGAGGGCGGGAGCGUGUUUGCGUCGCAGCAAGGCCGCUCACCAACUCCCGAACCAGAGGACGACGCGGAAACGCGCAAGAGUCCUGAGCGGGGAGGGCGAAGGGAGUCCGAAGGGGCCAGCGGCAGUAGUGGACGGCCUGUUGCCGGCGGCAGCGGGAACUCCGGGCGGGCAGAAGCUGAAGGCGGCGGCGACCCAGGCAACACGCCUUACCUCGGACGCGUGGACGAGUUGGACAUGGGCCCGAUCACAUCCAACGGACACCAUGGCGAGGAGCCGGCGACGGGCGUCGGCGAAGCUGGAAACAUGACACCACACGGGAUGAGCGACCAGCCUGUUCCCCUGAGCCGCACAACAGUGAUUACUGAAUCGCAGCGCGACAUUGCCCCAUUGCCGCGGCGUGGGGCUGUGUCCGCCGAAGGCGAAGGAGAGCCGGAGGAUAUUGCCACCGCAGCGGCGGAUACUACGGAGGAAGCCCGGGCAGGGGCGAAGGUCGAGGAUGUGACGCAGGAAGGGAAGGACGAAUUGAAAGCCGAGGUCGAGCCCUCUGAAGCUUAGCCUGCGGCUGGGGACAGACAGCUCUAGGCAGGGGGCGAAGGCUUAGGCUUUGGCGAUGGGUGCGGCAGAACCCACGACGUCCCGUCCGCGUGGAUUGUAUGUCUAGUGUCAUGGACUUUGUCACAGGUGCAUUCGUAUUCUACUGUAUAUGCCUGCGGGUCUAUCCAGGCGAGGCGGGCUGUACGCAGCCGAGAUCGGAUAAGAUGUCUGAAUAGCUAGCGUUUAUGAACCAGCCUACUCGGUGGGAGCCUGCCACACCGGCUGGGCUUCGGGGUCGUUGUCUGGCGCGCGCAUCGUGC